UCUUCAUUCUCUUUCUCAAGCUGUAUUGCAAUACAUGACUUCGAUUUUGCGGGGGGUAAUUGAUCGAAGGAUACGAGUGGUGAGAGGAUAGCAAAUCAAGUGGAGGACAAAGUCACUAGCGGCCUGAAGAGAGAAGACAAUAUGCCGGCGCUUCCACCACAGAUUCUCCAGCGCAUGGGAGAGGUGGCUGUCAUCAUUCCCCGAGAUCUAUCGCAGUCGGAUAUUGUUGAAGCUUUCAUCGUAGUCUUCGUGAGCGUUUUUGGUGUUGGAGGAGCGAUUUGGUAUGCAAAUAAGCAUUGCUAGUACUGGUUGAGAUAUAGGGAGGAUGUUGGAGGCUUGGAGGGCCAAGUGAUAGAGUUAGGUUUGGAGGAUAGAUGAGCUUGGUUGGCGUGAAGCGUCCGGCUGGUUUAGAUUUGCCUGCGUGGUGGUCUGGAAACGACCGAUUCUGGCCCCGGAUAUGAUGAGAAGAUAUCUUCUAAUACACAUUCUCGUAGUGAAAGUUACGCUCUAUGGCAAAUGAAAUAGCCUUGGAGAGGAUUCGCUUCACUUGAAAUGCCG